AUGUCUGAAGGUGAUUACGAUUACAAUGAGGAUAUGGGUAAUGAGGAUGAUUACUACUAUGAUGAAAACAAUGACGAUUAUGGAUACGAUGAGGAACCAUAACAUAACGAGGAAGAUUAUAAUCAUUAAAUGGAGGAGGAGACACCAGCUGUUUAAGGGUAGUUAGAAUAAGCAGCAAAGAAUACAAUUAAAAAUAAGGUUUCAGUGAAAGAAUAGCAAGAUAUAAUAGAUUUUUUAAUUUCUGAUCACAAAGCCACAAAGCCUAUUGCAGUCCUUUUACAAUAAAUUGAACCAUUGUUAUUGAACAAAGAGGAAAUGCAACUCAUAUUUUUAAGAAUAGGAAAGCUUUUAAAUGAAAUAAAGAGAUAAAUUCAAUUGUUACACAAUGGAGGGUCUUGGAAAUUUGAUAAAAAUGGCAUUGAUAAUUUAAAUGAGCUUAUUGAAUUUACUUUCAGGUUUUUGUAUAUUUAUUAAUACAGUUCUUUGGAGUAAUUCAUUGAUAAGACCAUCUUACUUAAGCUAGAUUUUGAUAAGCCCUUUACCAAAACUCUUUUAAAUUUGCUUUUGAAGAUAGACGACUAUGCAGAAAGCAUUUCGUUUACAUUUACUGAUAACAUCAAGAAGGUAUUUGUCUUUUGUUUGAACCCUAACGAACCUUUUACAAAUCAAGAUGAUGGUAUUUUGAAUACAAUUUCAGCUUAGCUCAUUGAUGUUAUGGGUAUGGAACCAACUCAUCUGGUCUUUGACACUCUAAUUUUAACUUAUUUUUCUAAUCCUUUAAGAAUGAGUGUUGUUUUAGCAUAAAAUAUUAUGCAAAUAACUUCAUAGUUAGAAAGCUACCUAUAAUCAGUAGACAAAGCUCUUAAGUUAAAUGAACAAUUGCUUGUUUUAAAAAUGAUUUAGCUACUUAUUUUUGCCAGUCAAAGUGAUGCUAAAAUACUUAACAUACUGAUCAGCGAAGAGUUAGAUAAAAGACUAUAUGAUACAGUUAAAUUCUCUGAUGUUUCUUUUAUUGGAGAUGGUAAAAAGUAGUGGUCUGACGAUGCAAGACUGAUCUAAAGUAUUGUUAUUUUAAUUAAGAUUAUUAUAUCAGGCAAAAAGAAAAUUGAUUAAAGAUUCGCUUAGACUUUACUUGAUGACUUCCUUUUCUUGAUAAAUCAGAACAAAUUUAGUUUUAUUUAUUCAAUCAUUGUACCUAUCUUAACAACAAACGAUACACAAUACAUUCCUUUCUGCUUACAUAAAACUUGGGAUAUCAAUUCUGUGUAAAAUUUCAACUCAUACUUGAAAGAUAUAUCUAAAAAAGGAGUAAACGCAAACUAAAUUCUUACAGAUUGCAGAGUACCUACUGAUUUGCUUGACGAAAGAUAAAGAGAAUAUCUUUAUAAUUCUUUUAUCAAAACUGGAUAAAAUAAAGAUAUAAAAGGUGUCUGGCGUAAAAUUAUGCAAAUAGACAGAGAUAACCCCACAAUAAGCAUAGAUAAGACUCUCCCACUUCUAGAAAACGAACCUUAAACUUUAUUUAUUUUCAACUGUACUUAUUAGGGAACAAAUAUUAAGUUUGGUGUCUAUGUAAAGAAUAAAAUUGAAAGCUUCAAAAAUCUUUAGCAGAAUAGCGUAUUCGACAAAUCAAAUAAAAAUUUAAGGGCUACUUCAAAUGCAGAAAGCUUCUUCUUUUAUAUGGAUGAUUAAAGAAUGUUCCAUUUAAAAUCAAAUUAAAGGAAAAAAUUAAAAACACAACAAGGAACAAAAUGGAUUACAAGCAACUAGGAACCAUUUGCACCAAACAUGAAAGAUUUGAUCAGAAUAGAAUAUUCAGGUAUUAGCUUCAUUUUAGAUGAGGAUAUUGCCAUUUACAUUAAUUUUGGUAAUAUUGAUUUGAGCAAGUUCGAUAUUCCUUUCUAAGAUAUCGAUUUAGAAGAUGCCUUUAUUGCUAGUUCUAAGCUUAAUAUCGAAGAGAUUUUCCUUGAAAACGCAGAAAUCUGGCAUUUAGAAUAAGAAAAUGCUAAUGCAAAGAUAGAUUCUUACUUAUAAAUGUUCUCUUAGAAGGAAGACUUGCAAUCUAUCUACAUUCAAUAUUUAAAAUAUUUCCGUUUAGAGAAAAUUUCAAUCGUUCCUCACUACAUUACAUUAUAAGGUUUGAUAACUAAUUUUAUCCACUAAGAUAAUAGCAAUAAAAAAGUAGUAAAGAAAAUAGCUAGCAAGUUGGAUGAUGAAUUGCAGCUUUCUUCCACAAUUAAAUAAUUAGAAUAUAUUUAUGAUGGCAGCAACACCAACAAAAUACUUGAUUUAAUUGUUCCAUAUUCAUAAGCAAACUUGUUAAAACUUCCCUUUGAAGAAGAGUUUAGCAAGCUCUAUGAAGUUAAUAAGCUUGGUAAAAAUUAAAUGAUUGAAAUUUUCUAGAAUUAGUGCUAGGGAAUAACAAAAAUCAUAUAAAUAAUGGAUAGAGAGGCACAAUAGCAAUACUCUCAAAACCUUAUGAUCUUCUUCUUUGAAGCCCAAAAAUUCUUGACCCUUCCUCAAUUUGCUAAUCAUUUAAUUAUUUAAAAGGAUUUCUUUAAAAUAAUUUUACAAUUGCUAUUUACUCAGUAAUUUGCUAACAACAAAGUUGGUAUUGUAAACUUCCAUUAGGCUGUUUAUAUGCUCUUCAAAUCACUAAGAAGAUUAUUUAAAUAUGACAAAAGUAGUGAAUUGAGACAAUUAUGUUUUAGAAAGAACAUUCUAUAGGAUAUACUUUCUAAAUUUGAAAUAUACAAUGGACAUUUGCCAACUAAAAAAAAGAAUAAAAAGCCAAAAGUUGUUAAUGAAGUAUUUUAAGAAUCUUCUUCUAAAAAUAAUGCAAGCUCUUCAUUAACCUAUGGUAGCGGUGGAAGCUCCAAUCUUUCUAAGAAAGGUGUUGGAUAUGGAAACGGUAGCUCAGAUACUUCUUGGAUGAAAAACUAUAGCAGCGGAUAUAGCACUGCUGUCUCUGAGGAUGCAUUAAAUAAUUAAAAUAAUUACAAUAAUUAUUAUGCUCCAGCACCCCCAAAAUAAAAUGUUUCUAACAAUAUUUUAGGCUUGAAAUAAAAAUAAGAUAAUUUGAUUUACAACGAUACAUCAACUAUUAAAAGUUAUGUUGGUUCUGAAUUUGUAGCUAAAAUUUUGAAGCAGCUCUCUGCUUGUAUUUAGCAUUUCUUUGAGUUUGAUUAUAGCUUUUAAAUAACCACUGAUAUUUAUCAUAAAAUUAAGUUAUCAACACUUAAUCCAAUACUCAUAAAUAUUUUUGAUACAAACAGUUUACUUGACUCAACAAAGCGUGCUUCUUUCUUUAAACCAAUCUUGAUUUUGCUCUAAAAUAUUGCUAAAACCGAUGAACUCUUAGACUUCUUUGUAUGGACAGAAGACCACUUAGAGAAACUAUAAGGAGAUUAUGAAGAAAAUGAUAAAAUAAAAGUUGAAGAUGUGAAAAAUUAAAAAUGCCUAUAUUCACUUCUCUCCUCAAUGAGAGAUUAAGCAGAGUUUUUUGAAAAAAAUAUAUUAAACUUGGAUUAGAAUGAAUCUUUAUUCGAUGCUCUUAAGUUGUCUCCUGCUUAAAGAGAAGCAAAGAUAAAAGAGAUCGAAGAAUAAAAAUCCAUGAUUUAGCUGUACUUAAAAACAUUUGAAAUAAUGGAAAAGGCUUUAAAAGAAAAUGAUUAUCUUUCAAUAAAGGAAGUUGAAGACAACUAAAAUUAAGAAACCUUAAAUCAACUAGAAGUUGGUAAGAUGCACACUGAGUAGUUCUUCAAUGUUUUGCUAAAACCUCUCUGUGUAAGUACCUCUGUAGGAGUUACUUAAAAGCACCACUACUCAAGUUACUUUAACUCAGGAAAUCCUUCUCCUAUAAAAAUGCAGAGACUCAUAAAAGAAAUAGCAGACUUAGCUCAUUCACUACCUAUGACUCCCCAAAGUUCUAUAUUUGUUAGAUAUGACACUUCUAGAAUGGAUGUAAUGAAAAGUCUUAUUUUUGGUGCUGAAGAUACUCCUUACGCACAUGGUGCAUUUGUCUUUGAUAUGUUUUUUGAUGACUCUUAUCCUUAAAACUCUCCCAAAGUAAACUUAGCAACAACAGGCUCUGCAAAAAUUAGAUUCAACCCUAAUUUAUAUCACUGUGGUAAAGUCUGUCUCAGUUUGUUAGGAACUUGGAGAGGUUCAUCGAAUGAAAAUUGGAAUCCAAAUAUCUCAACAAUAUUGUAGCUCUUAGUAUCUAUCUAAGCAAUUGUCAUGAGUGAAUAUGUCUACUUUAAUGAACCAGGCUAUGAAGGGCAUGCAGGUACUGCUGAAGGAGAAAAAUUAAAUAGAGGAUAUCAAAAUAUAGUUAAAAUUGGUAAUAUCAGAUAUGCUAUGAUCGAAUAAAUAAAUAACCCUCUUCCAGAGUUCAAAGAAGUUAUAAUGAUGAGCUUCUUUUUGAAGAAGGAUAUGAUAUUGAAAGAGUGCGAGAAGUGGCUUGAUUAAGCUGAUCAACCAGCUGAAUAUACUGGAUUAGUUAGUUCUCAUAAUAGUACUUUCUGCUCUGAAUUAAGUGGAGAUAAAUACAAAAAAGUUUUACAAAAAGAAAUCAAUAAUCUAAAGACAUGCUUUGAAAAACUAAAAAUCAAUAUUUCUCAAACCAUCAAAUUCACCUAAAAAAAGAAAAAAAUUGUAGAAAUAGAUUACGAAAAGCCUUCAAUAUUAUUUUAAUCUGAAGAAUCAUUCAAGCCUAAAGUUUAAACACAAGAUAAAAUGCUUGAUGAAGGAAGAGUAGUCGAUGUAAAUAACGUCAAUAUUUCAUACGACGAUGUAAAGAAAACUCAAAAUAAAGAAAUAAAUGUUGAAAAUUCAGAAGUUACUAAUAGAUGGUCUCGUUAUAUAGGAGCUUUAGGAAUAGAUGCAGUCAAAAAGUAAGCAAAUGCCAAUGUCCUUUUGGUCGGUUUAAACCAUGUAGGUGUUGAAAUAGCUAAAAACAUAGUCUUAAGUGGUGUUAAAAGAUUCAGCAUAGUUGACCAAGAAAAAGUCACUCUUUAAAAUAUAAUAGGUUAAUUUUUCUUGAGCGAAGAAGACAUCGGUAAAAAUCGUGCUGAAGUUUCUAUCAAAAAAAUACAAGCUCUAAAUGAAUAUGUUUCAUGCGAUUUUUCAGCCAAUUACAAUGAUUUAUUAAAUCAAACAACAUUUUUCAUUGAAAAUUAUAAUGUUGUCAUCCUUUGCAACUUAGAUGUUAAAAUGGCCACUAAAAUCAAUAAAAUCUGUAGAGAAAAAAGUAUAGGAUUUAUUUACACAUAAAGCUACUCUGUAUACAGUAGAAUAUUCUGUGAUUUUGGUUCAUCUUUCACUGUUAUAGAUAAAGAUGGAGAACAAGCUUAGGAAUAUUUGAUCAAAAAUAUUUCGAGAGAUAAUGAAGGACUUGUCACUCUUUAAACAGGUACCAAACAUUAUUUAUAGGAUGGCGAUAUCAUUGAACUUAAAGAAGUAAUUAGCUAGAAUGAUGGAAAAAGCUUUAAUUUACAAUAAUUCAAAGUUAAAAUAAAAGACAAUAAUUCAUUUUAUAUUGGAGAUACUAAAUAGUUUGGAACUUACAGCAGAAAUGGUAUUGCAAAACACAUUAAAUAACCACUAACUUUGAAAUUUAAGUCUCUUGAAGAUAAUAUAAGCAAUCCUAUUUUUGAAGAAAAUCUGCUUCCUAUUUUUACAGAAGAAGAAACAGCUUCUAGAAAUGCUUAGAAUAUUUGCUUCAAUGUUUUGGAUUAGUUUGUUUCUACUUAUAGCAGACUUCCACGCCCUUGGAAUACAGAAGAUGCAUCUAAUUUUUAUUAAUUAGCUAUUUAAAGCUCAUAGACAAUCUAAAAGCUUAUUGAAAGUAAAUAAGAAAAAGCAAUAUAGUUAGCUUAGACUGCUAUUCUCAGAUUUGCAUUUACAUGCUAAGGAUAUAUUCCUUCUUAAGGAGCUAUCAUUGGUGGUAUUGUAGCUUAGGAAGCCGUUAAAAGUAUUACUAAGAAAUGGGUACCAAUAAAUUAAUUAUUUAUUUACAGCUGUGAAGAAUUAGCAGCUGAUGUAAGCAUAGCCGAAUAUAUAUAAAAAUAUGAUUAAAAAUCUAUAUAAAUCGAUUCUUACUUACAAAAUAUUUCUAAUAAAUAUGGACUUAAUUUCAAGAAUGAUAAAUAUGAUAGCUUAAGAGUCAUAAUUGGAGAGGAAAUUUUAGAAAAAAUCAGCAAUGCUAAUACAUUUAUGAUAGGUGCUGGUGCUAUAGGCUGUGAGCUAAUUAAAAAUCUCUCCAUGAUAGGUUUCGGUAAAAAAGGCUCAAUAACUUUGACAGAUCCAGAUAUCAUAGAAAAUUCUAAUCUCAAUAGGCAAUUCCUCUUCAGAGAAAAGCACAUUCGUCAACCAAAGUCUAGCGUUGCAGCUGCAGCAGCUAUUUUCAUGAAUAAGGACUUGAAAAAUAGUAUCACUGCCAGACUAGACAAGGUUUAUGAAUAAACAGAGCAUAUAUUCAAUGAUACAUUUUUCUAAAAAUAAAAUAUCAUACUGAAUGCACUUGAUAAUGUCUAGGCACGUAAAUACAUGGAUAUAAGAUGUAUUUAAAAUAGAAGGGCUUUAAUAGAUUCAGGUACCUUAGGACCAAAGGGUCAUGUUCAAGUUAUCAUUCCACAUUUAACUGAAACUUAUGGAAGCUAAUAAGACCCUUAAGAGGAAGGUGAUAUUCCUCACUGCACGUUAAAAAUGUUCCCUGAGUAAACCCUUCACUGUGUAGAGUGGGCUAGAGAUAAAUUCGGAAGAAUGUACCAACAAAAGCCUUAGAGUUUACAGAGAGUUUUAGAAGCCUUUAGAAAUAACUAGCUGAAUUCUUUAGAAGAAAAGACUUUGAAUGAAGGCUUAAAAAUGUUGAAAAAAUAUCCUAAAAAUUUUGAUGAUUGUUUGCAAUAUGGAUUAAAUAAAUUCUAUAAAUUAUACAAUCAUAAUAUACUUUCUUUAUUGCACAUAUACCCACACAAUCACAAGAAUAAAGACGGUUCAUUCUUCUGGACACUCCCAAAACGUCCCCCAAAUGCUCAGUAGUUCAAUCCUUCAAAUGAUCACCAUUUAAAUUUCAUAUUAUCAUGUGCAGCCUUAUAAGCUACAGUGUUUAACAUUAAAAUUAACUACAAUUUAAAGGAUGCUAACACUCGUGCUAAAUUAUCCUAAUAAAUAUAAAAAAUGCAAAUACCUUCAUUCAAGAUAGAUGAAAAUAAAUUGAAAUCAAUGAAGCAAGAUGUUGAUAAAGAAAAGAAUAAAUAGGAAAAUAAAGUGGAAAUGGAAAUAGAAAAGCCUCAAAACAAUCUUACUCCAUAGCAGCUUGUUAGUGAAAUUAAGACAAUUUGUUCUAAAUUUAAUGUCAAUAAAAUUCAAAUAUCGCCAUAGGAAUUUGAAAAAGAUGUUGAUGAUAACUAUCACAUAGAUUUAUUGCAUUCAAUGGCUAAUUGCCGUGCUAUUAAUUACACUUUAGAGCCAAUGGAAUGGAUAGAUGUAAAGCUCAAGGCAGGAAAAAUUAUACCUGCUUUAGUAACAACAACAUCGAUUGUAGCAGGUCUUUAAAUUAUAGAAACAAUAAAAAUUUUGAAAGAAGUUAAAAGUGACUUUUAUAAAAAUGCUUUCUUGAAUCUAAGUUUGCCACUUCUUGUUUAGCCUGAGCCAUAAAAAGCUGAGUAAUUCAAACUUGCAUAAAAUUUAAAUACAACUGUUUGGGACAGAUGGGAAAUUAAAAUAAGUAAAGAAAACGAUAGUUUAGAAAAGCUAUUUAGCUACUUGUAAAAAACCUACAAGAUAUAUCCCCAUGAUGUAUUCUAAGGAAAUAAACCUAUUUACAUAGAAUAAUUGAUGUUACUUCCUAACCGCGAUUAAGAAAGAAAAGACUUACUAUCCACAAAACUGAAUAAAAUAUUAGAACUUAAAUCAAAAGAAGAUAAUUUCGUUGACAUUAAUGUUACUUUCACCCAAACUCCAGAAUAUACAAACUAAUUAAAAGGAGUUCCAUUAAUUAGAUUAUUCUUUUGA